CAGGUGAUCUGAAAUCCCAGUGACCACUGCUGCUCAAGGGCUCCGUUAAGAAGAGAAGAAUAUGCCCUGCUCCAGAAUUUUAAAUGCAUCACAGCUGCCUUAGAGCCUUGAAAUGCAGACAGGUGCUGAAAAAUAAGGUCUUAAAGUGGGAAUUUAAUGUUCUCCAGCUGGGCACUGUGAACUGAAACAGGUCCUGAAGUGAGAGGGCAGACAGGAAAACAGCAUCUGCAAAACCAACACCUUUCACUUUUGGAAAGACACGAACAAUGCUGCUCAAAGACACCUAGAACACUCAAACAGAGAACAAGGGUGGAAGCUUCUCCCCGGGGGUAGCUGGGAUGUGACAACUGCAGAAGAAAGACCGAGGCAAUCAGCGGGAGGUGUCGUGUAAGCUCUGUUAUGGAGGUAUGGCAGAAAUAGAAGCCAUGGGAAGUGCUGUUAUGGAGGUAUGGCAGAAAUAGAAGCCAUGGGAAGUGCUGUUAUGGAGGUAUGGCAGAAAUAGAAGCCGUGGGAAAUGCUGCCCCGUCUGUCUGGGAUCCCUGGGCACUUCUCUGUCUAGCAUCCUUCCCCCCGGACACACUUGAAAGUGAACAGGGGUGCAAGCGAGACUAAGCAAAGGAGGAGCGGCAGGGAAGGGCCAAGGCUUAGAGGCUCCUGUGGGGGUUUGAGCGAGCAGCAAGAGGGGCGCAUGCAUCUCGUGUGCCGCCCACGCCCGGCCGGGGGCGGGCUCGAACCCGCGGCGCGGCGGGCGCAGAGCUCGGCCGGCUGCCAGGCUGCUCGGAGCUGCUCUCCGCCCGCCGCCGCUCCAGGAGCUACAAGAACUUCUGAAAGAAUUUGUGACAAUGUGCAGUCUUAAGUGCUGCAGUCUCAGAGCCCUUUUUCUAUUGCUGCUCUAUAGGUCAAUGGAAAUUCCUGAAGCUGAAGGAAAAAGUGAAAUUCUACCUCCAACAAUACAAAAAAUAAUAAAAGGGUACAACAAGUAUCUACGUCCAUUUUUUGAUAAUGGUCCUGUGUCAGUUGGAAUGAGUAUGGAUAUUGCAAGCAUUGAUACAAUAUCAGAAAUAAAUAUGGACUACACAGCUACCAUAUUUCUCAGGCAGCGAUGGACUGAUGAGAGGCUUUGUUUUGAUGGUAAUAAGAGUUUGAGCUUAGAUGGUCGACUCGUGGAAAUGCUUUGGGUGCCAGAUACCUUCAUAGUGGAUUCAAAAAAGUCUUUUCUUCAUGAUGUCACUGUUGAGAAUCGUCUCAUAAGGAUAUACCCUAAUGGAACAGUGUUGUAUGCUAUAAGGAUCACAACAACUGUUUCAUGCAGCAUGGAUCUGACUAAAUAUCCAAUGGAUAAGCAGACAUGUACUUUGCAACUGGAGAGCUGGGGUUAUAACAUCAACGAUGUCAUGUUUUACUGGACCAGAGGAAAUGAUUCAGUUCGAGGUUUGGACACACUCCAGCUGGCACAGUACACAGUAGAAGACCACUUUACCUCCGUAACUGAAGCUGUGUACGAGACAGGACGUUACCCAAAACUUGUGUUUCACUUUGAACUCAAGAGAAACAUCUUGUAUUUCAUAUUAGAGACAUAUGUGCCAUCAAUCCUUCUGGUUGUGCUCUCCUGGGUGUCAUUUUGGAUAAGCCAGUCAUCAGUUCCAGCCAGAAUCUGCAUAGGUGUCACCACAGUCCUUACGAUGACAACACUGAUGAUGGGAGCCAGAACUUCACUCCCAAAUGCUAAUUGCUUUAUUAAGGCAAUUGAUGUGUACCUUGGUAUCUGCUUCAGCUUCAUCUUUGGAGCAUUGUUAGAGUAUGCUGUGACUCAUUUCUGCACUCUGCACCAACUCAGCUCAAAGGAACUUCCAAAGAUUAUUGAUGAUGAUGAUGAUGAAGAAGAGAAGAACGCAGUCCUGGCAGCAGUGACAAACAGUUGCAGUGCCCCUGACAAUAUGAACAAGACCGAUUCAAACAAAAGCAAACAAACCAGCACUGACAGCAAAAGGGAGAGAAGUCAACACAGUGUGUGCAGUUCAGCAAUGUCGGUAAUGAAAAGACUUUUCUGUAUCUUUGACUGCUUCCAUGUUAAAAAUCCUUACCACAUAGACAACUAUGCCAGAUUCUCUUUCCCAUUAUCAUUCAUCAUAAUUAAUGUACUUUAUUGGGUGUAUUAUUUGUAUUUAUAAAUAUUUAAUUCCAUAAUAUAAAAGUUUAGAAAGGGGAGGGGAAAUUGCGAAAAGAUUGAGAAAUUACAUUUGGAUAAAGGGAUAUAAAAGGACAUGCCACCUUUUCAAGUGUGUCUGAAAAUUUUGUUAACUCACUUUUCUGUAUUUAAAUGUCUGUCAUCCAAAACAGGUUUUGUAUUAGCAUGCCUGUCCCAAACUACUUAUCAAAGGCCGAUAAGUCCUUUUUUUUUAAUAUUUAAUGCUCAACUUUGUAAAUAAGAGUUAUAUUAUACUUAUUUCUGAACUCCAUUGAAUAAAUGUAAAUAUGAAAUGAAA